AUGAGCGAAAAGAGCUGUCCACAAUGCGGUGAAGAACUCAAGAAAUGCCUUAUCCAGCAAAACUACAGCUUGAUAAUAUGCCCAAACGAGGGAUGUUGCUACCCCUUCAAUGAACGGGAAGCGAUUGACAACAUAGUGUACACCAAAGACGCGGAAAUAUUGAAUGCGGCCAAACGGCGACUAGAGGAGGAAGAGCAGCAAAAACGGUAA